UCAUCAUUCGUUUUGCAAACGCGUUAUUAGACAGACGUUUAUAAUUUUACUCAUCUUGCCAGCGUUUGCAUCAAAACCACUGAUUGUGAAUUACAAAAAAAAAAAAUACAAACAGUGCUAAUAAAUAAAUCUAGUAUAAGAUUUGGAGGAGAGGAGCUAUUUUUUGAAGCGGGCCAAAGACGAAAUGGGCGCCGUUGAUAGAUCGAUUUCUGACAAAAUGGCGUAUCUAUUGCGUUUGAGCGCACUUUUGUUGUUGUUCAUUUUUGUUGCGAAUAUUGAUAAGACCAGCGCCGCUUUGGGUCGUUUUCGUAACGGGCGCUAUGAUGAUGGUUUCCUUGGCGAACCCAGCAAAUUCGAAUCGGUGCGACAUAAGCCGGCACCCGAAGAUAAAUGGUUCGAACAAAAGUUGGAUCAUUUUGGAGAAAAGAAUAAGGAUGUCACCUGGAAGCAGCGUUAUUUUGUUAACGAUGAAUUCUAUCGCAACGACAGCACAGCGCCCAUUUUUCUAAUGAUUGGCGGCGAAGGUGAGGCAUCGAAACGUUGGAUGUCCGAGGGCGCUUGGAUUAAGUAUGCUGAACAAUUUGGCGCACUUUGUUUCCAAUUGGAGCAUCGCUUUUACGGAAAGAGUCAUCCUACAAGCGACCUCUCCACCAAAAAUCUUGCCUAUCUCACCUCCGAGCAAGCAUUGGCGGAUUUGUCCAACUUUGUUCAGAGCAUGAAACAGGAAUAUAAUUUGGGUGCUAACCAAAAAUGGAUAGCCUUCGGUGGUUCUUAUCCGGGCUCGUUGGCAGCCUGGGCGCGCGAAAAAUAUCCUGAGCUAAUACAUGGCGCUGUUAGUUCUAGUGGACCAUUAUUGGCUAAGGUUGAUUUCAAAGAAUAUUUCGAAGUAGUAAAAGCUUCUUUGGCCACUUACUCGCCCGCCUGUUUAGAAGCAGUUGGCCGUGCCUUUGCACAAGUUGAGAUUCUGACACGUCACAUGAUCGGCCAGCGUAAUUUGGAUGAGAAAUUUAAAACCUGUACACCAAUCAAGGACUCAAUAGAUAAUCCACUGGACAUGUCCAACUUCUUUGAAGCUUUGGCUGGCAACUUUGCUGGUGUCGUGCAAUAUAACAAGGACAAUCGGCCCAGUGCCACAUACACCAUCGAUGAUCUUUGCAAUGUUAUGGUUAAUACGACCAUCGGGCCACCUGUAACUCGUCUCGGUGUCGUUAACGACAUGCUCUUGCAGGAUGCUAAGGAGAAGUGUUUGGAUUACAAGUAUGAUAAAAUGAUCGCUGAGCUAAAAGAAACGUCAUGGGGUGCUAAAGCUUGCAAUGGCAGUCGCCAGUGGACCUAUCAGACUUGCAAUGAAUUCGGUUUCUAUCAAACGUCGGAUAAUAAGAGCGACACAUUCGGCGAUCGAUUUGCAGUUGACUUUUUCAUUAAACAAUGCAUGGAUAUUUACUCAGAGAGCAUGGACGCAAAGUACUUGCAGCAGGUUGUUUCGCAGACAAAUAAAUACUAUGGCGCUCUAAAACCCAAUACAACAAAUGUACUCUACGUGCAUGGCUCCAUUGAUCCAUGGCAUGCACUUGGCUUGACGAAAUCUAAGAAUCCGAAGCAACCCACAAUUUACAUCGAAGGCACUGCACACUGUGCUAAUAUGUACGAACCAGCUAAAACCGAUCCACCACAAUUGGUGGAGGCUCGUAACAAAAUCAUUAAAUAUCUUGCCCAGCUAUUGGAGAAUUUUAGUAUGGAAAGAGCCUUUUCUAAAAUAAAUAAUCAUAUUUUUCUAUUUUUAUCAUUGAACACUUUAAUAGCAAUGGAAGCCAACGAACUGUUUGUGUCUAGAGUUGUGUCAACACUUUCCAGUUAUCGGAUGUAUUUGGCUGUAAUUUUCUUGUUGAUGUUUGUUUUUGAUAAUCUUGAUAAGACGACAGCAUUUCGUAACGGUCAUCGAGCUAUUGGUGAGCCAAGCAGAUGGAACUUAAUACCAGAUACACCAGAAGAACCAGCAGAAGAGAACUGGUUCCUACAAACACUUGAUCAUUUUGAUAAGGAAAAGCAGCAAGUAAAAUGGAAUCAAUUAUAUUAUAUAAAUGACACGUUCUAUCGGAAUGACAGUGAUGCACCCAUUUUUCUAACGAUCGGUGGUGAACUUCCGAUUUCGCCGCGUUGGGUCACAAAGGGCACGUGGAUUCGUUUUGCGGAACGCUUUGGGGCCAUAUGCUUUCAUUUGGAGCAUCGAUUUUAUGGAAAAAGUCGUCCAAAAAGUGAUCUCUCAUUCGAGAAUCUUCAAUAUCUUUCAUCGAAACAAGCACUCGCUGAUGUGGCCAACUUCAUUCAAGGCAUGAACAAGAAAUAUAACUUUACCGCUAAACAGAAAUGGAUUGUCUUCGGCGGUUCCUAUCCCGGGGCAUUGGCUGCCUGGGCGCGUGAAAAGUAUCCCCAUUUAAUAUAUGGCGCGAUCAGCUCGAGUGCACCGCUAUUGGCUAAAGUAGAUUUUUAUGAGUAUUUACAACUAGUGAAAGCUUCAUUCGAAACGCAUUCCGUCAGCUGCCUGAAGGCUUUUGGUUCGGCUUUUGCUGAGAUAGAAACCCUCUUACGUCAUGAGAUCGGCCAGCGUGAUUUGGAUGAACAUUUUAACACCUGCACGCCAAUUAUGGCGUCGGUUAAUAACUCGUUAGAUAUGUCCAAUUUCUUUCAAGCAUUGACAGAUAAUAUUGCGGGUGUGGUACAAUCCAAUAAGAACAAUGGACCUGAUGCUGGCUGCACCAUUGACGAUGUUUGCAACGUAAUGGUGAAUACAACAAUUGGUCCGCCAGUUGCACGUUUAGGCAUUGUCAGUGGCAUGCUUUUGGAAGAGUACAAAGAAAAGUGCUUCGAUUACAAGUACGAUAAGAUGAUAACUGGAAUGCGGAAUAUCUCUUGGUACGCUAAGGCAGCUAAUUGGACACGUCAAUGGACCUAUCAGACAUGUAACGAAUUUGGUUUCUAUCAAACAUCAAAUAAUAAGAAUGACACAUUCGGCGAUCGUUUUAAAAUUGACUUCUUCAUAAAACAGUGCAUGGAUAUUUACUCAGAGAGCAUGGACGCAAAGUACUUGGAGCAUGUUGUAUCACAAACCAAUCAAAACUGUGGCGGUCUUAAUCCUAAUACAACAAAUGUGCUGUACGUGCAUGGCUCCAUUGAUCCAUGGCAUGCACUGGGUUUGACCACAUCUAAAAAUCCGAAUUUACCCACUAUAUUCAUUGAAGGUAAAUGCAUUUCCUGUGUACGUAUUUUGUAUUUUGGUAAAUUGGCGAAAUCUCCUUAUACGAUAGGCACUGCACACUGCGCCGAUAUGCAUGAGCCAGCUAAAAGCGAUCCACCACAAUUGGUGGAGGCACGUAACAAAAUUGCUGAAUAUCUGGCACAAUUGUUGGCGAACUGAAGAAACUACAGAUACAUGUCGUUACCUUAAAAUAGAAAGGCCCUAACUCAUAUAGUCGCUGAAAUGCCAAAAAGCCUUAACUCACAAAAUUUUUUUAUUGAUUAAAAUGAUGUGGGGACUUAAUUUCGAUGAAAUGCAUCAUAAUCAAUGAAAAGGGGAAUUUACGGAUUUUUACUUAGUUACGGAUUUUUGUAUUUCAUCGACGAUGUGAGAUAGAUAGG